AUGGCGAGUACCUUUCCCACCCCGACCCUCUCGACGCCCAAGCUGUCCCUGCCACCGCUCGGUCCUUCGCGCCGCAACGCUGCCGCUGCCGCUGCCCCGUGGCGGCACUGCGGGCGGAUCUGCGCGACCACCGGAGGCGAUGCUCCCGCAGCAGGAGCGACGACAGAGGAGGAAGCAAAGGCUAGGAAGGAGCAGAGGAAACGAUGCCUGAGGUGCGGCAUCCUGUACCUGGACGAGGAGAACUCCGCUGCUGCCUGCGCCUUCCAUGGCCACAUCACCGUUUGCGGUUGGGCUUGCGACUCUGUGCGUGCUGUGUACCACGAACGUCCUUGCCCAUGCAUACGACUGAAGCAGCCUAUGCAAAACUAUAGGCCGGAGGAGCUUCCCGAGGCCCGUUUGAGAGUGGACAUAUGCGUGUUUGUGUUGCAGGCUUUGUGUAUGAAGGGUUUUGAUGCGGUCUGGAGGAAGCAGGUCGAAUCAUUUAUACAAAAAGGCAAUGUAAGGAUCAAGGUAAAUGAUGACAUAUGUCAUUACUUUCAGACACAAAAGGGAUUGAGACAAGAGGAUCCGAUGUUUUUCUAUCCUAUUUAA